AUAAGAGAAGAAAAAAAAACUACAAAAUGUAGUAUUUUAGUCAGCUGUCUUUAAUGUUAUCUGUGUAUAGUUUGGUGUUAUAGUGUAGCGCUAAAGCUCGGGGUGAACACGUGUUGGUAGUAUGGAUUCAGACUGUAUGUCGGUUCUUCCCGGGGUUUGUAAAGUCCUGGCGGCCUCAGAGAGCUGUCUGCCCGACGACACCAGCCUGGAGAAACUGCUGGACUGGUUUACAGCGCUCACCGCGGCUGGGGUAUCUCUGCUGAAGGACUGCCCGUGUCUGCUUGAAUUUGUAUCCACUGUAUUUUACAACGCUGCUGCAGACCCCAGCAUCCUCUCCUUCGCUCUCAAGCUCACUGGUUUAAUGGCUGCCACUGACGCCAGCUUCACUGUUCUUCAGGAGCGCUCGAUGCUGGACCUGGUGUUUGCCCCUCGGCACUGGCAGGAAGCGGGGCUCUGGGAGGAUCCAUGCAUUCGUGUUGGCUGGAUCCAGGGCUUAAGGACAAUGCUGCAACAUGCCAAGGCUCUGCGUUUCUUUGUCCAAGCAGAUUUCAUUGAUCCACUCCUACAACUUCAGACGGAUACAAGUCUGUUUGUUACAGCAGCUGCCGGUCAAAUGCUCGCUCACAUCCUGCUUUUCAGUCAGUCUGUCCCAUCUGUACGGCGUAACGGGGCUGAUAAAAAAGACCAAGACGACGGUGUACCAAGAGCCCUCAUCGCGGAUUUGGAACAGUCAACUGUCACCAUGGAAACCAUCCAAGAUUCCGCUACUGUUGCCAUGGUGAUCACUGAGUACCUGAAGAAGUUUCUGGUUCCCAAAGAAACUUCACAGUACCACCAAAGCCAACAGAUCCUGAAACUGCUGGCCUUGGUCUUGUCGCAGGCCCGACCUCCGCUGAAAGAAAAGUUGCUGCUGAUGGUUGCAGACUCUUUGGAGGAGCUAGUGACAAAAAACUGCAGUCAACUCACCCUCCCUCUGAUGGACGUCAUUCUGGCUGCACACAGGAGCUGUAGCAGUGGUGCACGUGUCCCGGACCAAGGCGCUGACCGUCUUCUGUCAUUGAUGUUGAACACGGGAAAACCCUCUGAUCUCAUUCGCGCUGCUGCUGCUCUUCUCCGCAGCGGCCACAAUGAGAGUGUCCAGAGAGUCCAGUCUGCCAGAGUUCUGCUGCUUCCCCUCCACAUUAUAACUGGCCUUGCUUUACUGGACACAAACCUGGCAGCAGGAGAGCAUCGAUCCUCAAUGGUAGAGCAGCUCAAGAGUAAAACCUCUUGCAUUUCCAUCAUUUGUGUCAGCGUGACAUCCACACCACGGAUCAUUCUCUUGGGACCCGAUUGCCUGCCCUGCCCUCCAGUUUUAAUUGUGAAUGCGGUAUUGUCAAUAUUGAGGAUUUGCGUUGGAGACUUUUCGAAAACUGGCUGCUUCGACGCUUUCAGAAAUGUCACCAACAGUGGAAAAGUUCAGAAAUGUGCUCUGGAUGCUCUGUCAGCGCUCAGCAGUGGCCCAGAGGGAGAAGUCGUGCUGCUUGACGUCUUGACACUUCUGAUACAAUAUCUGGACCAUCCUGAUUCUGACCCCACUGUUCUACAAAAGUCAUACCAGGCCUUUCUAAAGUGGAUAUCUGUUUGUACAGACCUCCUGUCUGUAGCAGCGCAGCUCAGACAAGAACUCAUGCAGGUGGUGAGGAAGCGUGUAUGUGACAUGCGUUGGGAGGUGAGGGACUCGACUGUCGAGUUUCUGGGACACCUGGCAGGAGUGCGUGCCAGCCACAUGUCAGCUGACGAGGCAUGUGACACGUCUGAGAUUCUGCUGGGCGGCUGCUGCUUCACAACUCCUCUCCUAAAGGAGGCACUGCAGGAUCCAGAGAGCUACGUGAGAGCCAGCUCCAUCUCUGCGCUGGCGAAGACGCUGGCACACAGCUGGCACCAGGGGGCAGCACUCACACACGAGCAGACUGAAAUAGUGAACCGGCUGCUUGAAAUUCUCACCCAGGACACAGAGGGAUUUGCCAGGAGGGCUGUUGUACUCUACUUCAUCACCUGGUUCUCCUCAUAUUCCUCCUCCUCCUCCUGUUCUCUCCUCAUGCCGUCUGUGCGCUCUGUCCUCUCACAAGGCAGCGCUGAUUUGGACUGGGAAGUCAAAGUCCACACACUGGAUCUGGCUGAGCUGCUGAUGGACCAAGCCUUUGCAGAUCACCCUGGUUACACAAAAGGAUUAGAGUCGCAUCCAGUCCAACCACAUCCUUAUGCUGUGAUGGAUAAACAAUCCUACACACUUCACACACACGUACAGGAUACGGAGCCAGGCCUGGUCAGUGCUUCGAGAAGUUUGGUGGAGCAGGGAGUGGUCUCAGCGCUGUUGUGUGGUCUGGUUGACUGUGAUAGACCUGUCGGUCUCAAGGCCUGUCGACUGCUGAUACGACUCAGAGACACAAUCUGUCCAUUGUUGUCCAGAGUCCGGGAGGAAACUGGGACCCUGGACUCAGACCCCCGUGUCUCUUGCGAGCUGCCUCCAUCGGGUUGGGCACAAGAGAUCAUAAACAUACUGGGAAUGAAAGAGUCCAAAGUAGCAGAUGUGUUUGAUUCUCAAGACUGUGAUGAAGCAGCAGAGACGGGUGCAGGCACUGGGAGUCACGCUGUACGCGUCAGUGUCUUAGAGGUGUUGCGUUCACUGGCUUUAGACGAGAGGCUGGACAUCCUGACUCAAAGUAGUGACCACAUUCACAAUUCCCCCCUCUCUCUGCUGCAGGAUAUACUGACGGCAAGUGUCACUCAUGCUCAUUCAAAUUCACAACCAGACCAAGAGGUCAUUGUAGACUGCUACUAACACACAGAUGGACUGUUUUCUGUGAUUAACACGUAUUAGUGUUAGUCCCAGAACUACUGUACGUGGAGAGGAAUCAUCAGGAUCAUCAGAACGU